AUGCAACAGCCAGUAGGAGGUCCUUGUGCCGUCCAUGAAGACUGCGAAGAAGGGUAUUGUGGAGAAUCCAGUACUUGCCUUGGUUGGAAGGAUCGAGACGCGGAUUGUACAGCUGAUUACGAAUGUAGAACUGGAAGGUGCACUCGAAAUCCCUUGAAAUGCACCUUCACCAUCUUCGAUGGAGCUAUUUGUGGCGAAGAUAACGAUUGUUUUGGCGGACGCUGCAAAACAGACCAAGGAUUGAACCAGUGCUAUGAUCGCAAAUGGGCGGGAGAAGUUUGUAGCGACAAUAGUGAUUGCUUGUCUCUUCGUUGUGAAGGUACCGAAUCUGAACGCAGGUGUACUGAACCCAAGUGGUUGGGAGAACCUUGUGAUGAGCCAUCCGAUUGCUACAGCUUAUUUUGCAACGUGGAUCAGGGAAAUUGUGUUCAGAGUGCUGCCGAUGCCGGUCUGAACCAUGACAUUGAAGAGGAGUAUCCGGGAAUUGCGGGAAGUUCAACCACAGACAUUGUCUACAAUGGUGGUGGAUUGGCGGAUGUAUCGAGUGAUGGAAGUACCGUGAUAGUUACCAUCCCAUCUGCACCGCCAUCCACGGAAGCGAGUCAAUCACCAACAAGUGUCACAUCGGAAGGCCCAACUGCAUCCACGACAACUCAAAUGCCAACACCAGCUCCUUCAACUCAAGUUCCUAGCCAAUCCCCAACAAGGGUCAUAACGGAAGACCCGACUGCAUCCCCGACAACUCCAAUGCCAACAUCAGCUCCUUCAACUGGAGGUCCAAGUCAAUCACCAACAAGCGUCACAUCGGAAGCCCCAACUGCAUCCACGACAACUCAAAUGCCAACACCAGCUCCAUCAUCUCAAGUUCCUAGCCAAUCCUCAAGUGCAAUGACGCCCAAUGAAUUGGUUGCCACGGACAGUCCAACACAAUUGACAACGAGUAUCGUACCAACCCAGCCCCCGCAAAUACCGAUGGCUUCAAUCAACAAAGAAACAGCAACACAGUCACCGACUCUCGAAGAGUCUAGUCGAGCCAACGAAGGCCCUGAUCUUGUUGAAACGAGUGUUGCUGGCCUUGGCAUGACACUCUUUGGUGUCUCCAGUCUCAACCUGGAAGAUGUCCGCAAUUGGGAACAACUUGCGGCACUUCAUGCAAAUUCCUUCUUCAACUUGACUUCUCACGUCGAGGUCGUAGAUUAUUUUUCCGAGUUUCGAGUAACCAAUCCAGAGGAUGUUGUGCCAAUUCGCCGCCGCCAGCUCCAGGAUACUGUCUCGUUGGAAUACAUACAAUCCUUGUCCUAUAGAAGCGACAACCCCAACCUUGACAUGAACUACUUGCUGGUCGAGCCAUUCAACAAUCCUGAGGCCAAGGAAGAGUUUGUGUCGCUUCUCAAGAAGUCUGGCGGAGGCCUUGGCAGUGUCGGAUAUGUUUCAGAUGUAUUUUUGCCGGAUGAUUCAAGUAUCCCUCCGUCGAUGCAACCGACGGUGUCACCGACACAGCCAGCCAAUGGCGGGGAAAAUACUGUCAUUGUCAUUGUGGUAGUUGUCACAGUAGUCGCUGUUCUUGCCAUGGUAUUUGGUCUGAUCGUGUUCUACACAAAGGCAAGAAGUCAGAAGCCCGAGAAAGGGGGGGAUCGUGACCAACUACCAUUGGCGGAGGACACUCGUGCAGAGGUUGCCAACAAUACAACAGCCCAGCCCUCGUCAGACUCGCGCGAAACGGCAGCUGACCCUCCUUCCGCUUCCGCAUUAGAUGGCAAGCAAAGAAUUGCAGACAGAUCACUUAGACAGCGACCAGAGAGACCAGUUCUCGCCACAGCAACCUUGGAAGAUGCUGAAGAACCGAAUUCUUCUAGCGUACUCGAUGACAAACGUCGCAUCAGUGAUCGAUCCAAAGGUUUGCGCAGUGGCAACGGUCAAACUGCCAAUGCUAACAUUCCAGUUGUUGAUGCUAUUCCAGUGGAUGGAUCUCCUCCGUCGACGACCGACUCAAGGCGUGGUUACCUUGCAGCAAAAGAUUCUCUCUUUCGGGAUACCGAGGAGGAGGAGGAAGUCGAUGUAAACGUACCCAGCGAGAGAGCCUUUGAUGCGUAG